CCAGUCCAUAUUUUCCCCAAAGCAAAAGAAUUCAGAGGUAACCACCUACAGUUCAGUAAGCGAUUUCAGUAUUUAUUUCUGCCUGUGGCAAUCACUUCAGUUCAGAAGUCACACUUAAUUUACGGAGCCUGCUUUAAUUCUGACCAAGGUUGCAGUGGCAGCUGGCUUCCCAAGGCUGCAGUACGUUUUACAGCACGUGAGUGACCCCUCGAUCACAAAUCAGGCAAUUUUCGAUCCCGAAGUAGAGGACCGGGUCGGGGUGAUGCUAUGGGACGCUGCUGCUGUGGGUGGUAAAACAGCGUUCGGGGAGCUGCAGAAAGGGAGAAAGCUCUUUGAAGCGCUAAAGAGCCACUUAAGAUCGCCAUCUGACAGCCCCAGUGUGCCUGAGGGCAAGGGAGCGGCUGGUUGCUCUACAGAUCAGCCCGCAGUGCCAUCGGCUGCCGGCCGCCGCCAUCGGAUGGAUUUUUACUGUGUCGCCCCCCGAGGAUCCCGGCGGCGGGAAGAGACGGAUUUGUCCCCUCCUGAUCCACGCGCAGCUGCUGGGUGGGAGGCCAGGAAAGCCGGAAGGACGGAGAGGUUGAAAGCUUCCCCUGUUAUCCCUGUAGCCCCAGAUCAGAGCCGUGCUGGGAAGCGUUGUUCCACGGCGUCCUGCAGGACUUGGGACGCACGGUCACAGCCGCGCCGCCGUGUGAAGCGCUGGCAUCGCUUGCAUCGCUCAGCUGCUUCAUUCUCGGGCACAGCCAGCGCCAGCUGCGCCCACGAAAAGGGUGCUGCAGGGUUCGGAUCAACGGGGACCCGCACACAGAAGUUGGAUGUUUCCGGACUUGUCACUGCUGACUUCAAAGACUGCUUUUGCACCAUCUCUCUGGACCCCCACGGUGCUCCGAGGUUUGUUUUUUCGCCCUCUCUGCAGAGAUCAGCACCAGCCCAGCAGCAUCACUGGACGGUAUUGCCUCCGGGCAUGGGAAACAGCCCUGCAACCCGUGCAGAUAACGGCCCGGGAUCUCUAUCCCAGAAGGUAUGACAGUGUUACAGUGCUACACGGUAAGCCGUAGCUGAGCACACCCAGAGCAUCCUUAAAGCUAUGCUACUUCAGCAAAACAGAGGGAAUGCAGGAGGCACUUCCAGCUGCAAGGCUUGCUGAACCUACACGUGUAUUGAACUUUCUAAAGCAAGGAUGUGAAUACAGAGCACAGCCAAUAGCCCUCGUUUCGUUUCAGUUGACUGGGAAAGAGUGACUAUUAAUGGAAAAACUGAUACAAGUACAGAACCUGAAUCAUGUGAAUGGGAAGGCUCUCAUUCCCACUGAGAACUCGGGGGAGAGCAAGCAUCUUGAGGAUAAACUGUAUUGGUUAUUGUCUCUCGUUGUGAUUGGUAAAUGCUUAUGGCACAUGAAAGUGUAACUGUUAAUGGCGUAUGGAAAUGUAAUUGAUAAUGGUAUACGGAGGAGGAAUUGUUAACAGUGCACAGAAGUGUAAGUGUUAAUGCUGUAUGGAAGUGCAAACAUUAAUGCUGAAUGGAAGAGGAUUUAGGAAUGGAACAUGGAAGCGUAACUGAGGGUACAAGUAGUGGAAUUGUGAGAAACAGAACAACAAAAGCAAAAGCCAGCUGAACGUUUAAAGGAGAACAGUGAGUGAAAAUAUUCAAGUCUGUGAUCUGCUCGAGCCAAAGCAGAUCAGUGCCGGCAAGAGAACGCAUCCCCGCACUGCUCCUCCCCCCGCUGGUAACCAGAACGCAAACAAAGCGUUAAAUGCGAAUGGGGACGAAAACAAAGCGCUGCAAGCGAGAAUAGGCUUGAUCUGCAGAGAUGUAGGAAACUCGGUAUCCCGGUGUCAGCGCGGGAAGCCUUAGGAAGGAGGAGCUGAGAGCCGGGCUCUAGGACCCAGAGAUCUCCGGAGGAAGAGCUGGGAGGGGGGCUGGCAGCGUCCAGGAGAGUUCUGCCCUCAUUGAACAGAAGAGCAGCUUGUGCCAAAAGCGGCGCUGGAUUUGGUAACAGAUGCGAUAACAGUUAAGGGUGGAGAAAAUUCAGCUAAGGAAGGAAUGACAGCAAGGUGUGGAAUUCGUAGUAAAGCUGAAGGAAAAUGUGGUGUUCUUACUGCAGUAAGUGAUGAAUUUGUAACUGGCAAAAUGAGUGUAAUAGGAGCAAUCUGUUGUUUGUUAACCAAGCUUAUCACUAGGAAACUGCAGUAACCACAGCUUCCAACCACAGAGCUCCUGAAACAUCAACAAACAUCACCUUUAAAUGUAUGGACCCCAGGACUUACACAGCUUUAAAGAUAUUGUGCAAGGGUCACAAACGGAUGCAUUGCGAAAGAUCCCAGCCCCCGUCUGACAAGACAAAGGACGACUGCCCAGCAACAGGACCACGCAUGCACAGGAGAUAUCGAGAGCACCACCUACACCGGAUAUGGAACUGUGUGCAGACUGUCAGCUGCAAGGGGAAAUCGUGCACCGUUGCUGGAGCAGAGACUCCCUGGACACCCAGAGCUGUUUUGUUUACUUGCUUGCUUUAGAUCCUCAACCCGGGGAGGAGCCCCGUUCUUGGAUGGCCUGGAGUGGGUGAUCUCCGUACAGAGAGCUGUAAUUCCGAACCCUAAAAAUGAGGAAAGUAAGCAAAAUAAACUGCAGAACCCCGUAAUUUUUGUGCACGAAGACCUGAACGACGACUCAAGGCUCUAGAAAGCUGCCAUCUGGACAGCCGAACGAGGAUGGACGCAUGUAAGUCGUGUAAAAGGACCCAUUCCGGAGGAUCAAUGGGAAGCAUCUGAAAACCCCGGGGGACUGAAACUCAAACUGAGAAGAAAGACCUAAUAAGCACAAAUGAGACCGUCUGUAGCUUGUUAGUACUCACUGACUUCUGUAAGGGGAACUGGUGGAUCUGUUAUACUUAAGGAUAUCUCUCCCAAGAUAUCCGUGGCCUGUAACUGAGUGGUCAAGCUCCUACAGAGAUUAUUUAGAGCCCUAUGAUGGGACAUUUUUGAAAGGGGAGUUGGCCUAAAGGAGCGGUUGGUGCGCUUAACGGGGGUAAAACCUUGAGAGCCUGGAAGUGGUUAAUUGAGUGUCGAGUAAACUUAUAAGGAGCAAAGAGGGACCCCUGAAGAAUACGACUGCUGCCGGGAAGAUGGAAAACCUCGCUGCCCUAAGCAAAAGAGCAGGUGAAGGAGGCAGAGGCGUAAAACAGUGGGGAUGUAGGCCAAGAGGCCCCCUCAGGGGUAGAACCCCAGGCUCCCACUCCCAGGGCCAAUGCCUCUUAAAGCGUGAAUAUGACACUCAGAUCCAUCAGGUGCUUAAAACUUUGGAGGAAAGGAGGAAUCCAUUUAACCACCGUAAGGAUCCACCAGUUAUCCUAUUCUUAUAUGCUGUUGUAUGCAUUGUGGGGUGGGUGUUGGUACCAAUCCAGGCAGAAAGUAGCCCCCACCAGCCCUUUAAAUGGUCCCUAAUCAGGUGGGAGGAUCAGCAAGUGAUUCAAAUUAAGGAGACUGCAGGUCCACCCAGUUUCACACCUACUUUAUGUGAGCUUGUACCAAUUAAACCAUGCCUGAACCUUUUAGGAUUUUAUUUCUGCCCGAGCUCUAACCCAGGAAAAGAAUAUUGCAAUAGGCCGGGGCAUUAUUAUUGUGCCUACUGGGGUUGUGAGACCAUAGCUCCUGAUUGGAUAGGAGGGAAGGGUAAAGAUCCCUUCCUAUCCGUAGGCUGGGGACCCACAGGGUGUACACCUCCUCGUCGAGAUUCCAGUGGAGGCACUGUCUCCCCAGGGAACUGUAAGCACAUUUACCUCAACAUAACCAAACACGAAGAUCCAGGAUGGACAAUAGGAAAAACCUGGGGAAUGAGAUACUGGGAACCAGGUACCGACCGAGGGGGUGUGAUAUAUAUUAGGAGGGAAGAACUUCAGUCAUCCCCUGUGGCAGUCAGCCCAAAUGUAGCACUAAAAGAGGAUCCAAAGCCUGAGGGAGGGAGUGUCUAUGUCACCGAGGACAGUGGAGACAACUCCACCGAAAAACCUGUGAUAGAAACCGUGAGUAACAACCCCCUUUUGGAAUUUAAUGAAAGCUAGUUAUCAGGCCCUUAACGACUCCAACCCAAACGUGACGAACCAUUGUUGGCUAUGGCACGAUAUUAAACCUCCAUUUUAUGAAGCAACAGGAACUACCACUCAUGCUAAGCUCACAAAUGAAUCGAAACCCAGUCAGUGGAAGUGGAAGGAUGGGAAAAGGGGGCUCACUAUGCAACAUGUAACGGGAAAAGGGCAGUGUAUAGGUGAAAUACCCGGGUCCAGGGAGAAACUUUAUGGGGUAACAGUGUCCCUAGAACCAAAAGUUGAAUGGGUAAUUCUGGCAAAUGGGACCAAAUGGAUUUGUUCCAGGGCAGGACUUGCCCCUUGCCUGUCCUUAAAAGAGUUUAACGAAAGCUGAGAAUAUUGUGUUCAAGUGACCAUUAUUCCUAGGAUAUUAUAUCACAAUGAAGAUUUCUUAUAUAAUCAUUGGGAAAAAGGGGAACACUAUUUACAGGAAAGAGAACCCUUUGCAGCUCUCACUAUAGCAACUUUAAUGGCUGUAGGAGCUGCAGGAGUGGACACAGGCAUCUCUUCUCUGGUACAACAAAAUCAAAGGUUCCAAUCAUUACAAGCUGCUGUAGAUGAGGAUUUGGUAAGAAUCAAAAAGUCUGUAACAGUCCUAGAAAAAUCUUUAAGAUCAUUAUUGGAAGUAGUGUUACAAAAUCGAUGAGGACUCGAUGUAUUAUUCUUGCAACUAGGAGGUUUGUGUGCAGCCAUAGGAGAGGAAUGCUGUUUUUAUGCUGACCACACUGGGGUAAUAAGAGAUGCCAUGACCAAAUUAAGGGAAGGACUGGAGAAUCAAAAAAGAGAGAGAACAACAGCAGAGUUGGUAUGAGUCAUGGUUCAACCGCUCUCCAUGGCUUACUACAUUAUUAUCUACAAUAGCUGGUCCUUUGAUGUUGUUGAUGUUAGUGCUAACCUUUGGACCCUGUAUUUUUAAUAAAAUGAUCGCCCUGGUAAAAAGCAGACUUGAAGCAGCACAUUUAAUGUUGAUCAGAAGACAAUAUGAACAAUUAGAGGAGAAGGAGGUCAGGGAGACCCCUAUCCUUGAGUUGGCUCGGGAAGUGGUUAAUCGAUUUGAUGAACAAAAUGGGAAAAAGAAAGGGGGAAAUUGUAAUAGGAGCAAUCUGUUGUUUGUUAACCAAGCUUAUCACUAGGAAACUGCAGUAACCACAGCUUCCAACCACAGAGCUCCUGAAACAUCAACAAACAUAACCUUUAAAUGUAUGGACCCCAGGACUUACACAGCUUUAAAGAUAUUGUGCAAGGGUCACAAACGGAUGCAUUGCGAAAGAUCCCAGCCCCUAUCUGACAAGACAAAGGAUGACUGCCCAGCAACAGGACCACGCAUGCACAGGAGAUAUUGAGAGCACCACCUACACCGGAUAUGGAACUGUGUGCAGACUGUCAGCUGCAAGGGGAAAGCGUGCACCGUUGCUGGAGCAGAGACUCCCUGGACACCCAGAGCUGUUUUGUUUACUUGCUU